GCUUUCCACAAAAAUUUAAUCUAAUUAAGUACUACGGAGCAACAAUGGAGUUUUUCGACGAAGACAGGCCUAGGUUCGUCUUCCAAUCUCGUCCUUCUUCUUCUCACACGACGGAGGAGGAAGAAGAAGCUAAAAUCCCUAACAAGAUCUUCAUUUCAAUCUCCGUCUCAUUCUCCCUCAUCAUAUUAUCUCUCUCCUUCUUCUACUUCGAAUCUGAACCUGCUAAAUCGCUUCUCUUAUGGCUUUCCCUCUCCUUCCUCGUCGGUCCUUUCGCUCCUAGUUCGCUCACCGGAGGUAAGAUUCGCGUCGGUUAUGGUCAGAUCUUGGAGCCAGAGCAGAUUCACGAUGAGUCAUCGACGGAUAACGAGCGUGAAUCGAGGAGGAAAUCGGUGAAUAAACGAUCUAAAGGGACGACGAAGAACGAUACUCCGCCGGAGAAUGCUUCUUCGGUGACGGAAGUUUCGAGAAAAGUGGUGAUUCCAAAGUCUAAGGAGAGUGGAUCUGUAAAUGAAACCAAAGAUUGGAGUGUUGAAGAAAUCGAGAUUUUGAAGAAGCAGUUGAUUAAACAUCCAGCUGGUAAGCCUGGGAGAUGGGAAACGGUGGCGUCAGUGUUCGGAGGAAGAUACAAGACAGAGAAUGUGAUUAAGAAGGCGAAAGAGAUUGGUGAGAAGAAAAUCUAUGAGAGUGAUGAUUACGCACAGUUUUUGAAGAAUAGGAAAGCUUCGGAUCCUAGAUUGGUUGAUGAAAACGCUGAGAAUUCUGAAGCUGGUGGAGAUGAUGAAGGUAAUAAGGAGAUUUGGAGUAAUGGAGAAGACAUUGCAUUGCUCAAUGCUUUAAAAGCUUUUCCUAAGGAAGCAGCUAUGAGAUGGGAGAAGAUUGCAGCUGCUGUACCUGGGAAGUCGAAGGCAGCUUGUAUGAAGAGAGUUACUGAGCUUAAAAAAGGGUUUCGGAGCUCGAAAACUCCAGCCACUUAGCUAGAGAGGAUCCAGUGAGGACAUCUGUUCGAAGUAGGGCAAAUACCAGGAGAGGGAGAACAAUUUUGUGGUUGCUGCUUGAGAUUAUUGCUACAAGGCCCAAAAGUAAUGAAGAGAGUUAUGCAGG